CUGCAGCCCUCAGUUUGAAGCUUUAAUGUCAUAUUGUGUCUUUUGUUUCUCAUUCAGGAUGAUAGAAGUCAGUUUGAGGUCUACUGUGCUUCAGUACAAUAAUGAAAACUAUCCACAAACUGGAAAUAAAGAAAACCAAAAGUGACAUAAAUUGAAAAGAAAACCAAAGAGGCAAAAAGCUUCAGAAUAGAUGAAAAGCAGUUUGCAGCUUUUCUCAGAAAAAUAAACAAUGAAGUUAAACUGAGGACAGUUUUCAGCCGUUUGAAGACACAUUUAAAAACCAAGGUAACAGAUUAAGUAUGCAAGUGGCAUGCAUUUCUUCAAGCUAUUUAGCAAACAUGUCCCUAAUUUAAAGCAGGACAGCAAAAUCAAUUAUAGUGAUCACUGGUUUGAAGAGGAACUAAAACCCGUAAAAGCCUGUAAUCCAACAAAUUAGGGAGCUAGGGAUAUGGGUCUGUGUUCAUUUAAGUGUAAAUAUGUGGAAGGAAAGAAUAUUAAAUAUUAAAAAGAAACAAAACUGUCUAGUGACAUAGGUCUUAUUGUUUGAAGUUGCUGGAUGAAAAUUUCUGAACAAAUUUCUGCUGAUAGGAUAUUAGCUUUCUAAUUAAAAUACCAUUGUCUGACUGUAUGUGCCUCUUUGAAACAUUUGUAACAUUUAAAGAGACAAUCGCACAAACUAAUGACAGUUGCAUGUAUUGACACUGGUUUGAGCGUUCUCCUUGGGGCUUUAGACCAUUCCCAUCUGCCUUAUUAGAAAACCAUUGUCUUCAUUGUGUCCCUAUAACUCAAAUUCUUGUUUUUUUUUUCAAAUGGUGCAUCCACCUCUUACUUCUAAAGCCCCCAAUAGAUAAAAUGCAAAUAUGGUUUUAUCCACGCAAAAACUGCGUUUAGGUUUGAAGUGACAGUGUGUAAUCUUCCAGGCGAUGGGGGCAGUAGAUACCUAAAUUUUGCAAGCAAGCUGUAUUUUGGUGUUGGAGUAAGACCUUACCAAUGGACGCCCAUUAGGGUCAAAAGGCCCAGGGAGUUUAUAUUUCAGCAAAAUAACACGGACAUCAGAUUCCUUUUCAUCACUGGCAACGAGUGAAGAGGUAAAUGUGUAAAACAACAACAUUUAUUAAUGGUGAAAGUUUUGUAACCAUUUGUUACGAAUCAGUAAAUGUGUUUUGUCCUCAAAGGAUCCCGUAGAAAGAGACAUGGCAUCUAAUAUGGCAUCGCCCAGAGACUUAGACCCACUCCCAUGUAUUUUAGAACAGAUUUUAUGGUUAUACAGUAUGUUAUGAAGCCGCCAAUAUUUUUCAACAACUGAGCAUCAUUUAAUUCCUUUUCAACAACAUUUUAGUGGAUAUUUCUAGAGAUUAACGAUAAAAACUAUACAUUGUCACUUUAAAGGUUCUUUGAACCAUAGAAUUUCACUUUUGGCUUAAAGCCGUUUCCAACAGCCUUACUGGUUGAAAUCGGAAUUACAGCUGUCGUAAACAGCUCUGCUGUAGCUAGAGCUAACGAUGAGCUUACGCUAACAUGAGUCAACUGAUACUAAAUAAGCCACUAAUUAAAAGGAUCCACACUGUUAGACAAAAAGUAUUAUUACUUACAAAUCUUGCAAAUAUGUGAUUAUGCAAACAUGACCUGGUCAAAUCACAUGGGUAUUGUAAGUAGCAGUUUCCUCUGAUUUCAGCUGAAAAUUAGCAUAUUUCUGUUCUUUUCAUUUUUAUUUUUUUGCCUCCAACAGAGUCUAAAGAUACUGGCUUUACUCAAACUUCUCUUGUUGUACACUAUCAAUCUUCUCUCUUUGACCUCACCAUCUUGUUUACUAACACUAUUUGUGUUCUGAUUCUUUGCUUUUCACUAUUUAGUUCACUAUACAUGUCAGUGAACAAGCAAAUGAUCAAACAAUCAGGUGAACAACUCCGACCUGAACGUAAAUCCUCGUAAAUUCAGAAUGUAAAGUGCUGUAAAGUUGCGUUCCAAUAUGCCGUCCAAGCCUAAGACACAUUAAUGAUGGUUGUAUGUAGUUUUUAUCUAUGACAUAGAGGAAUAAAUAUCUUGCAUUUCUCAACAUGUUUUCCCCUUUCUUUGUAAGUGUGUAAUGUUUGCUUCUGCAAGAAUGUGGUAGUUAGGCAAGACGGUUUCCUUUGACUACUACUGCUUCUAAAUGCAUCCUCCCUGUUAAUUGUAGUUGUGUGAGAAGAGAAGUCAGACGAACCAUGAAUUACCAUCUCUUACUGCAUGUUACAUUUGAAUGCCUGAGCUGACAUGAUGUAAUAAUGUGGCCACUGUACAGUAGGACAUGGGGUUUUGUGGGGAAUUUGGUUGUUUUGUGGCGACAGCAGUCUUGCGAAAAAGGAGUCUUGUACAGGAAUUGAGCGGUCUCAGUCCUUCCUGCAUCAUUUCUGUCUGUAGGCUGACUCAUGUCUUUGUGUCUGUAAGUGUUUUAUGCUUGAAGGUUUAUUUUUCAAAGAGAAAAUUGAUGAAACCAUGUGUUAGGAACCCAUUAAUGUCUGUUAUUCUGUAAACUAUUUGUGUAACUGCAGGAAACCUUUUCAGAAGUUUUAUCAUGAAUUAAUGGUGAUGUAUCGUCUUCUUAAAUAGAUGUUCCCAUUGUAGUUAAAUGUGUCCACCAUCACCUUUUAUGACAUAGAAUUAAAGGCCAAAGGGCAACUCUAGGAGCUGGGAUUUGGCCUAAGCAGCGCCUGUAUGGAAGCCGGUGCCAUAAUACUGUGUAGAACCCUUUGUGGUCCUGAAUUAAUUCUGACCCCUUCAAUAAUAGAAAUGAGAUCUCUGGAGGUGUCCUGUAGUGUCUGCCAGAUAUUUUGAGUCACACAGGCUGCAAGGUGAGGCCCUCAGUGAACUGGACUCGUCACCUGUAAACCUGCACACACGGGACGGGACUGGCCUGUAUCACCUUAGUGGCUUAAGAGUGCACAUGCUCUGCUCGUGCGGCACAUGUUGGUUAGUGUAUGUGUGUGCUUGUGUAUGGACGGACACGUGUGUGUGCCUCCAGCAGACGGGGGAGGGCUAGGUUGGCUUGGUUGGUUGUCUCUGUGUGAGUCCUUUGUAUGAAGGAGGGGAAUCAGAGAGGCGAGGGAGGAGGUGAACCGGGUGUUUCUGUCAGCUGCCGGCUGGUCUGGUUGCUGUUGGUAACUUUGCUUGAUGAGAUCAGAGGGGAUCGGCUUUCAGACCUUCAUGCCUAGUGCUUCCUCUCUCUUGCUCUUGCUCGGUUUCUCUCUCUCUGUCUCUCUUAGCUGCUCAGUGGCUCAUUCUCGGAAAGACCAAAGUGGAACUGAAACCAGAGUGGGACCAAAACUGUGUUCAGACCUACUAGUGGUUCACUGAUUACGUCAUGACUGCGCUGCCUUACAAGCACAGUUGGAGCUGACGUGAGCGGGGGGUAGGUGAAGAAGAAGUGAUAGCCUUAGGACAGAUAAGCUCCAGGGAGAGGAAAGAGGGAGGUUACAAGGGAGAGAGGAGGUGGAAGAGAAAGAGGUGGGCAGCUUGUUCUCUGUUUCAGUCAGACUUACGGACGGCUGGUCUCUUCCUGCCUGUGUCUUCUUGAGUUUUUUGCCAGCUGGUGACUGAACGGAGGAGUUCAGCAGCUGUUUAUUGUUUGUUUGCUGUUUAGAAGUGAACAUGGACUCUGACUGAACACUUACACUCGGCGGGACAUGAAGAGAGUCAUCGGAGCUUUAAAGAGUUGCAGCAGCUUCUUAUAACGACGCCUGUGGCAUGAAACCAGAUCAGAUCCAUCCAUCAUAACCUCCUCCUCCUCCAUCUCCUUCCAUCCCUCCCAAGUUUGGAACUCUCCCCUCGCCUUCACUGCAUUGAUGAGGUAACGCCAAGCUCCCCGCUUCGCAGCAUCCACCUACACCUUUAUCCCUUCCUCCCCCCUUCCCCCCACCACUCCUUCCAUCUCAGCCAUGGGACAGAAGAUCUCCGGCAGCAUAAAAUCGGUGGACAGGCGCGGGGAAAGCGGUGACUCCCCGUCAUACCGACCUACGGCUCAUCGUCGGCAACACCUGGAGCUGAGGGGUCCAGACUUCUCCAAGCCUCCAAGGUUGGACCUCUUACUGGACAUGCCCUGUGCUGGACCAGAGACCCAGCUCAGACACGCGUGGAACUCAGAUGACCGCUCCCUUAACAUUUUCAUUAAAGAGGAUGAUAAGUUGACAUUUCACCGGCACCCAGUUGCUCAGAGCACGGACUGCAUCAGAGGACGGGUUGGAUACACGCGGGGUCUUCAUGUUUGGAGGAUCCACUGGCCUUCCAGGCAGCGAGGAACCCACGCUGUGGUUGGCGUGGCAACCUCUGAAGCUCCCUUACAUUCUGUUGGGUACACAGCAUUAGUGGGUUCAGACUGUGAGUCCUGGGGCUGGGAUCUGGGUCGGAACAGACUCUAUCAUGACAGUAAGAACCGGUCCCACAGUUCGCUUCCUUCAUAUCCUUGUUUUUUAGAGCCGGAGGAGUCGUUCACUCUACCAGACUCUCUUCUAGUGAUUCUAGACAUGGACGAAGGAACACUAAGCUUUAUGGUGGAUGGGCAGUAUCUAGGAGUGGCUUUUCGAGGCCUAAAAGGAAAGAAGCUGUAUCCCAUCGUCAGUGCUGUCUGGGGACAUUGUGAAAUAACCAUGAAGUACAUCAAUGGCUUAGAUCCUGAGCCUCUGCCUCUGAUGGACCUGUGUCGACGUGCAGCCCGCCUGGCGCUGGGGCGGGACCGGCUUCAGGAUAUCGAGAGUCUUCCUCUGCCCCAGUCCCUCAAAAAUUACCUCCAAUACCAGUAACUGGCACCACCGGAGCAGACGGGGGCACAGAUCAGGCCACCAGCUGGACGGGGACAGAGGGGAUGACUGAAGAAUGUCCACACUGGAGCACCACAGCUUCUGCUAUAUUUCAAGCUGCUUUUUCAUUUUAGAAAUAAAUUUUUGAUGACCAUGUCACAUCAGUGUCUCAUCCAGACCAAGCCCACCUGUCUGAUGGCACAGUGGGGUUAACAGUGAGCACAUCAGCGGUUAGCAACCACCGCCACCUAGUGGUGAGAGUAACUAUAGCAGCACAGAGCAAGCACACCAAUCACAUCCAAGGAGGCCUUUUCUGACACACAGUCAGCGAUCAUAUCAUUCCUGCUGCUGCCUGCUCAUCAUCUACACUGACACAGGUGGGCAGACUGAAGAGUCUAAAGGUCAUGCUCAGAGUUUGUUUUAAUCAAACGGACCUCAAGGCCCAACAAUGCUGAGGAGAUGGAGACGGGUUGGUUCAGGGUUACUAAACCUUUCAGGAAAGUCAAGUCCCGUUUUUCCGUUUAGUCUGCUUCUGAAUGAGUAGAUAUGAAUCCUUUAGGUCAAGGUCUCUUUUAACAAAGCUAAAACGUUUUAAUUGUUUUAGUGCUGCCUGGGUUUAAUAUGUGCAGUCAGCCUUACUUAAAAUGCAUUCAACAAGGUUUGAAGGAUUAUUGUUUUUAUUUUAAACAAACUAAAAAAUACAUUAUUGCAUUUUGAACUGGUUUUAAAAGUCAAACCGCUUUAAUUCACUUUAUAUUUGAAGGACAAAAAUUACUGGCUUAAGAGCAAGAAAAAAAACCAACAACAUGAUAAUCAGCUCCAUCAGAACAAUGUGGGUGUAGCUUGGUUAAAUGUUUCCGACAAUAAUAAGCAACAGCCCACAAACUGUUGGCAGCUUUAGCAGUAGUCAGGAUCAUAUGGCUAAAAACGCAUCAGUAGAUUUGUCUGUAAUAGAUCCGAAACGUGGAUCUUUACAUGGAUCUGAUGAAGCAGAAAAAACAAAACAUGUUUAAAGUGAAUUUUUGUUCAAAUUGUCAUUAAAUCUUCAUAAUUAGAAACGUGAGAGGGGCUUUAAACCAGGACCAGAGGGAAUCAGCCUGCUCAUGGGAAUCAUUCCUCACACAGAACACUAACUCAUCUCUGAGGAUGUCGAAUCACAACCAAAGCCUUUCCUUCCACACUGCAUAGUGUGUGUGUGUGUGUGUGUGUGAGUGAGUGAGUGCUAAAGGCCAUUACUCCUCUAUGUAAGCAGUGUUCGUAUGCUAAUAUUUGUAGCAGCCUGCUGUAGCUGAUGGUAGCAAAUGGUGCAGGUGUGUGUUUCUGCUUUACACACACAACUGUCUUAAUUUUGAUUUAAGUAUCAGGACCACAUAGAAGAUCCGACCUUACCGGGUCUACGAGGACGACUGUAGCACGCCAGGUGUGUUGUCGGAUCAGGAUAGGACACAAAUGACCAACACCCAACCACACGUGUGUGUGUGUGUGUGUGUGUGUGUGUGUGUGUGUGUGUGUGCGCUCUUUGGCAGUUAACCUGCAGACCAAUCAUCCUUUACUUUAAAAGGCUUAAGUCACUUUUUUAAAACUUUUGUUUGUAAUUCUGUUCAUGAUCAUUAUUACUGUUAUUAUUAUUAUUGUGAGUGUGUGGUCCGAAUUUGACGGCAGGAUGAUGACAGUGUGUAUUUAUCACAAGAUUGUUGUGUGUUUGUUUUAUUACACUGAUGGUUACAUUCAGGUCAAUUUAAUAAAAAGAUGCUGGUGAUGAAGGCAGAAAGAAAUAAUCUUGUUUCUUUAAUGCUGCUUCAUUGAUUAUCAUUAUUAUUAUUACUGAUGGUGAUGGUCAUACCUACUGUUUUUAUCAGUUAGGAUGAGGACAAAGGGACCACUUUACAUCGAUGGUGCAGCUGAAAUGUCAACAGAUACGAAACAUGAAUAAAAGCCAAGUGAGAUGAAA